GGGAGGGAAGGAGGGAGGAUGAAGAGGAAGGAGUAGGAAGGAGGAUGAAGAGGAGGAAGAGGAGGUGGAGGAAGAGGAUGAAGAGGAGGAUAAAGAAGAGGAGGGGGAGGAAGAGGAUGAGGAAGAGAAGGGUGAAGAGGAGGAUGAGGGAUGAAGAGGAGGAUGAGCAAGAGGAGGAUGAAGAGGAGGAGGAGGAUAAAGAGGAGGAGGAAGAGGAGGAUGAAGAAGGAGGAGGAGGAGGAGGAAGAGGAGGAGGAAGAGGAUGAAGAGGAGGAGGAGGAUAAAGAAGAGGAGGGGGAGGAAGAGGAUGAGGAAGAGAAGGAGGAGGAGGAGGAUGAAGAGGAAGAGGAUGAAGAGGAGGAGGAGGAUAAAGAGGAGGAUAAAGAGGAGGAUAAAGAGGAGGAUGAAGAGGAGGAGGAUGAUAAAGAGGAGGAUGAAGAGGAUGAGGAUGAAGAGGAUGAUGAAGAGGAAGAGGAGGAUGAAAGAGCAGCGAGAGAAGAAGAAGAAGAAGAAGAAGAAGAAGAAGAAGAAGAAGAAGAAGAAGAAGAAGGAGGAGAAGAAGAAGAAGAAGGAGGAGGAGAAGAAGAAGAAGAAGAAGAAGAAGGAGGAGAAGAAGAAGAAGAAGAAGGAGAAGUAGAAGAAGAAGAAGAAGAAGGAGAAGAAGAAGAAGAAGAAGAAGAAGGAGGAGAAGAAGAAGAAGAAGGAGGAGAAGAAGAAGAAGAAGGAGGAGAAGAAGAAGAAGGAGAAGAAGAAGAAGAAGAAGAAGAAGGAGAAGAAGAAGAAGAAGAAGGAGGAGAAGAAGAAGAAGAAGGAGAAGAAGGAGAA